AUGGCUCUCCCGAAUUUUCCGCAGCUGUUCUCGCGUGGCGACCCUGUGCUGGCGAGCCUGCCAGGGUCCCAGCUCCGCGCCAUGCGGUCCGUCUACCAGGAAGGCUCCAGCCUGGUGGGGCUGGUGCGCUUGCCCGACGGCAGGCCAGCGGUUGUCAAGGCGCUUUGCAAGGACCGCCUGAUCGCGCAGCCCGCGCUGGUCGACCAGGUGCUGUCUGAGAUCCUGAGCCAGGAGGAGCUUGGCCCCGAGGUGCUCUACCCAGGUGGCGUGCCGGCCCUGCUGGCGGUGCACGAGGACGAGACCCACGUGCACCUGGUGUUUGAGUAUGGCGGGGAGGCGCUGAUGCCCAUGAUCGGGGGGCUGACCUGGCAGGAGCGCGACGCCCUCACCGACGAGAUAGCGCGCACGCUGCUGCCGCUGCUGGCCGGCCUGCAUGCCAAGGGUUUCUCAUACAACGACUUGAAGCCCGAGCAAUUGCUUAUCAACCGGUGCCUGGACGGCACCCUGGCGCCCCGCCUGUGUGACUUUGGCGGCGUGACCGCGCUGGGCUGCGGCGCGGUGCUGGCGUUCACGCCGCGCUACGCGCCGCCCGAAGCCGCCGGGGAGAUCCUCAAGUUUGUCUACGACCGCGGCGCGCCGUCAUACCUGGGCGAUCUGGUGGGCCCCGAGUAUGACGCGUGGGCGCUGGCCGCCUCGGUGGCCGUGGUGCAGGCAGGCCGCCACCCCUGGGAGACGGCCGAGGCGGCGGCGGCCCUGGCGCGCGGCGACGGCGACGCGCACGACGCCGCGAUGGCGCGGCGCAUCAGAGACGCGCCGCGCGCGCACAGGGACCUUCCUGACAUCCUGGCGCUGCGGCCUGCCAAGCUGGCGUUCCUGGACUCCGCCCUCGACCCCCACCCGGCCGCGCGGCCCAGCCCGCUGGAGCUCUGCUUCGGUGAGUACGGCGAGAGCCUGGGCAUCACGGACUGCCUGGACUGGGUGCCGGCCGUCGGCGAGGCCGUGCCGCUGCUGGCGGACCUGGCGGAGCGCCGGCGCGCGCGCGGGGACGAGGCGCGCGCGGCCGCAGCGGCGGCGGCGGCGGCGCACGCCGCAGAGGUGGCGGCGCUGUGCGCGGCCGCGGGCGCCGAGCGCGAGGCCGCGGCGCGGCGCGAGGGGGCGCUUCACGGGCGUGUGGCGGCGCUCGAGGACGCGGCGCGGGCCGGCGCCGUGCGCGAGGUGCGCAAGGACGAGGCGGCGGCUGCCGCGGCGUCGGCGCACGCCGCGGAGUCGGCGGCGCUGCGCGCCGCCGCAUCCGCCGCGCGCGACGAGGCGGCGCAGCGCGAGGGGGCGCUCCAGGGGCGCGUGGCGGCGCUCGAAUCACAGGCCCAGCGCAAGGACGAGGCGGCUGCGGCGCUCAGGGCCGCGCUGGCCGACGAGCAAGCGGCCUUCCAGGCGCAGGUUGCGGCGCUGCAGGCGAGGCUCGCCGAGCUCGAGGGCGCCAGCAGGGCGGCGGUCGUCGCCGCGGCGGCUUUGGCGGGAGAGGGCAGCCGGGGCGGCGGUGAGUGCGGCGGCACCAGCUGCGCCAGCAGCGUCUGCAGUGGGGACGAUGGCAGCGUCGAGCACGCCCUCAGUGCCGAGCUCCUGGCCUCGCGGGCGGCGUCGCCGCGGCUCAGCCUGGACGGCGUGCCUGAUGCUGGGGCGGAGCAGGCGAAGGAGCAGCAGCAGGUUCAGCUUGAGGCGGCGAGCCACGCAGCCUCAGGGUGCGGCGUGUCGGACUUCGCUGCCAGGGCCGAAGUUCCCAUCAAGGUUGUCGUGGACGGCUGCGGGGAGCCGCGCGCCCCCAGCCGCGCCAGCAGCCGCAGCGUCAGCCCCAGCGGUCCCGGCAAGCUGCGGUGCGCCGGCGUGGCUGCCUUCUUUGCCGCCGAGCACGGCGGUGGCAGCUGCUCGGGCGCCGGCAUCGCCGCCCCCACGGCGGGCGCCAUGAAGCCCUGCGCUGUCGCACGCGCGGCUGCGACCUGCAGCACUGACGAUGUGAGCUGCAGCAGCGCGCACGGCGACGCAUGCGCCGCGCCCGACGCCGCCUCCGGCCGCGAGGCGGACGCUGCGGCCGUGAUCGCUGUGGUCACACUGACCAGCACCAGCAACGGCGCCCGUGGCAAGGAGUUUUUCUUCACGAGCGGCGGCGUCAAGCGCCCCUGCGCCGUCCGCGGCGGCCGCGACGUGCGCACGCCCGCGGAGCGCGUGCAUGGCGCGGCCCACAAGCUGCGCAAGGAGGCUGGCAAGGCGACGGCGGCCCUCAAGGGCCUGUUGUGCAUGCGCGCCCCUGCAGCGUACUGA